GGUCGUCGAUAUUUAAAGGACGAUGCUAUUCCCUCUAUCUUUUCAUGGUCGGCAGCAUCCCCUAAGCGAAAAUCACCACGUAAGAGGUCACCAAGCGAUUCCGUAGCUCAUGAUCAGAAGCCAUCCUGCAGUAGCAAAAAUGACCGCAACUCGGAAAUUGAUGUGGAUCAAAUCAGCCAGUUACGUACGCACAUUGCUCAACUUGAACAAGAAAAGAAUAUGCUCCAACUUCACAAUAAACAUCUUUCGAAAACUGUCGAUGAACUUCUCGCAAACCAGUUUGGAAUAACAAAAUUUAUGGGUGAAGACUCGGACAUCAACUUUUACACCGGCUUCCCAAAUUAUCAAACACUACUGGCUUGCUACAAUUUCUUAAAUCCAGGGGGAAAUGGUGAGAACAUUGUUUACAUCACUAGUGCGAACGACGAGUUAGAGUCUCCGGCGUUUCCAACCAAUGAGAUUAACCGGGGAAACAAACCCGACAGACGUCGGAAACUAAGUACUCUGGACGAGUUUUUUAUCGUCCUUAUCAGAAUGAGGCUUGGAUUAUUUGAACUUGAUUUGGCCCAUAGGUUCAGGGUACAUGUAUCUACAAUUAACAGAAUUUGCAUAUCCUGGAUCAAUUUUCUGUACUUAAAAUUCGGUCACCUCAACAUUUGGCCAGACAGAGAGACAAUAGAUAAAGCAAUGCCCCAGUCUUUCAAGGAUAAGUACCCCAAAACAAGGGUUAUUAUUGAUGGGACAGAAAUCAAAUGUCAAACCCCUUCCUCUUUGGUUCUGCAUAGUGAAACUUUCUCUACGUACAAGAGUCAUACGACAUUUAAAGGUUUGAUUGGCAUUGCACCGAGUGGCCAUAUAACAUUCAUUUCGCAACUUUAUGCUGGGAGUAUUUCAGAUAGAGAGUUAACUGUCAGGUCGGGGCUACUCAGCUUACCUUUUUCCCGUGGUGAUGUAGUAAUGGCUGACAAAGGCUUCACUAUUUCAGAUCUUCUGGAGCCCAUUGGUGUUGGCUUGAAUAUCCCCCCAUUUCUUGGUUUAAGAAGUCAACAGACCCCUUCAGAAGUUAUUGCGACUCAGGAAAUUGCGUCCGAGCGUAUUCACGUGGAAAGAGCGAUAAACAAAGUAAAGAAUUUCCAAAUUUUUAAUCAAGUCAUUCCACUGUCGUUAGCUGGUAGUCUAAAU